CAGUCUGAAACAACAGCAGCCCCCCUUCCCCACUGCUGCUGUUGAAGCUGCUUCCGGGCAACAUGUUCCAGCUGUAAACAUGGCGGAGGAGAUACUGGAAGCAGUCGAGAAGUUGCAGUUAAGGCUCACGGAAAAUCAAGAGCCUCGCAAGCUGCUUAAAACUCUCAAAAGGCUGGGAGAGCUGCCCGUAACCGUAGACAUCUUGGUGGAAACAGGUGUUGGAAAGACUGUGAAUUCCCUUCGCAAACAUGAAGUUGCUGGUGAGUCCGCUAAGAACCUCGUGGCCAAGUGGAAGAAGUUGGUUCCAGAGAAGUCUGCAGACAGACCAAGUGUAAAGGAGGGGCGUUCCCACUCACGCAUUAAUGAGCCUGGAGGGCAUAAACGAAUCAGGGAGCGGUCUCCAGAGGAACCUCCACUUAUGGAGGAGGAACACCAGGAGGAGAUGGAAUACCAACAUGGCUACUCCCCCUCCCCCCCACAGCACUACAGCCCACAGUACAGGCACAGCAACGAAAGGGAGUAUCAGUCAGACGAGUAUGAAAGCCCUCCAGAAGAGGAGCUGGAGCCAGAGCUGGAGCCAGAGCCAGAGCCUGAACCCAGUCCCCCACGAAAUGACAUUAGACACAGCAAACCACACAAAGAGCUGGCCAGAGAGCACAGUUCUCACGAUGUCCGGGAACAGGAGAGACGGAAGCACCGUGAACAGGCUGCGGGUGGCAGCAGUAGUGAGGGGAGGACACAUAAAGCCAACAGAGAGCAAAAGAGUGGGACGAGUCACAAAUCUAAACACGAUCGGCAUUUAACCUCGCAUGAAGACAAGAGGGAAAAGAAAAGAGGAAGUGAUGGAAAAUUAAGGGAGAGAAGAGAAGUUCCAGAGCAAGUGGAUGAGGAUGAGGAGCCAUUUGAGGCUCCCACCAUGUCUUUUGAAUCCUUUCUCACAUACGACGCUCCUACCCCAAGCAAAAAAAAGAAAAAGCAGCCCUCGCGGCCCACUCAGCCCCCUGCCCCUGUUCCUUCUGUGUCCUCCAAGUCUAGCAAAGCCAAUGGGACCAGCAGUAAACGCUCUAAGCCAUCCUCUUCCGCUGUGACCACGGCCACUGUUCCAGUGAAACGCAAGAAGGUUGUGGAUGUGGUUCCCACUCUGCCAGAAAUCCCUUUGCCAGCCAUUCAGCCUAACUACAGACCCCUGCCCUCCAUUGAUCUUACUCCACUGUCCCCCCAGAGACGCAAAGUCCCUGUGUCAUAUGAUGAAGAAGAUGCUGGCUGCAUAGGUCGACGGCUUAACUCUAAAAUGGUGGUGUACUCUGGCUCCAAGACGGCAUACUUACCAAAAAUGAUGAGCCUGUAUGAACAGUGUAUUAGAGUCCUCCAGAACAACAUUGAUUCAAUCGAUGAAGUGGGUGGAGUGCCAUUUGAGAUUCUGGAACCGGUUCUGGAGAGAUGCACACCUGAGCAGCUUUAUAGGAUUGAGCAGUGUAAUCAGUAUUUCACAGAAGACUCCGAUGAUUUGUGGAUGAGACACUGCCAGCGGGAUUUUAAGCAUGAAGCUCCUCAGGAGUUAGAGUCUUGGAGGGAACUGUAUCUCCGGCUCCAUGAGGAACGAGAAGAGCGUCUGCGCAAACUCACGAUGAACAUCAGCUCUGCCCAUGCAAACAAACCUAAAGGGCGGCAGGUUAAAAUGGCAUUUGUCAACUCUGUUGCUAAGCCGCCACGUGAUGUCCGCCGGAGACAGGAGAAAUUUGGCACUAAAAACGGUUCUCCCAGCACAAGCGCUGCUGCUCCCACUGCCAAGAUCAGACCAGCAUCAAACUACAGCUACCUUAGCAAGUCCAGUGAUCAAGGUGGCCAGUCAUCUUGCAGCAGUCCCCCUGAAUCCUCCUCUCGCCCCUCUGCUCCCAACAGUGCUGGUGGCUCCAGUGCCAGAGAAAAACCACAGGUCAAAAAAAUUGCCCCAAUGAUGGCUAAGACUAUCAAAGCAUUCAAGAACAGAUUUUCCAGGCGGUAAAGGGAAGAAAAUGGCUGAUUUUAGUGUAUGAGAAGAGAGAGAGAGAGACUGGUGGAGGAAACAUUUUUUUUUGCUGUAAUGCUUCAUAGGAAGCAUUCAGUGCCCUCUCACCUCUUAUGUUUUUUGCUUUCAGUAUUAUCAGUACAGCUCACUGGAAGCAAUCACAAAAAUAUCCACAUCAGCAACCAUCAACACUUAAAGGUACACUCAGUAUUUUUUAUGUUCAUGUUACGCUGGCCAAUAUGGCAGACGUCUUAGACUUCAAAAAUUUUUAACCGAUGUCCGCUAUUCAUUGCUAGCCAUUAAUGUUUUUUAUCCUGUGAGAGAAAGUGUCCAUUAAUGGGGAGAUUAUUGAGAUAAAGUGAGUUGUAUUCAGUUGGUAAUGUGAUCUCAACAUGAGGCUGUCCACUCCUUGUAAAAUGAAACAGCUUUUAUUAAGCUACUGAUAUAACUGGAUUCUUCAUCUCGUGUGAGUGUUCAUGAUUUUAAUCAUAUUUUUCAAAUGUACUAUUCAUUUCUUUAUGUGUAAAAGAUUGCUGAGUGCACCUUUAAUUAUGUCAUAGCAUUUCCUUCAUUCUUACAUGAACACACAAUGAAAUCAAGUGGUACACUACAGAUUACCAUGAGAAACCAGAAUUACUGUUAUAUGUUUAUUUAAUUGCUUACUGCUUUAACAAUUUCAUUGUCAUGGAAGUGAGUAAAUGAUCAUAUGGUAGAGUGAAAGGAUAAAUUAGAUGCAAAAAUUCAAGAACUCUACACUUCCACACCAUCAUAUUUAUUUUAAAGUCUUUGGACCUGACAGCCCUGAACCUUGCCUUGAAUGAAAGAUCAAGAAUUCAUUUUAAUAGAUUUUAAGUGUUCUAUGGACGUUUUUAAUAAAAUCCAUGUGUUGCUCUCA